GCCUGUUAGCCGUUAGCCUGUUAGCUCCGUUAGCUCUGGAGCCGAACGACAGGAGGGGAAACCGGGAAAAGGGGGAUAAGAACACGGGAAAGCGGGAUAAAAACACGGAGAAAGGAGAAUAAGAACACGGAGAAAAGAGGAUAAAAACACGGGAAAGGUGGAUAAAACCACAGGGAAGCAGGUUAAACACACGGGAAAGGAGGAUAAAGACAGUGGGAAGGAGGAGAUGGUCCCGGUGGACGGUCGAGGACCGCGGUGACUUCAGAGAAGUUUAACCCAGGAGAACCCUCCGACCCUCGGACCCUCCAGACCCUCGGACCCGUCCUCCUCCUCUCCAUCCGGGGGAAAUCUGGAGCCAGGCCCGGUCUCGGUCUUCAUGCCGCUGGGUUCGGUUCUUUGUUCUGUUUAAGUGUAUGUAGAUGAGACCAUGAACCCCAGCAGAGACUGACUCAGAGACCUGAUCCAGGAUGGGCUUCGGUCGGGACCUGAGGAACUCCCAUGAGGGUUUACUGAAGCUGCAGGACUGGGAGCUAAAGCUGCUGGAGACGGUGAAGCGCUUCAUGACUCUACGGGUGAAAAGCGAUAAAGAAUAUGCUGCACUGCUCCUCAGCAUGACCCAGCAAACAGAGAAACAGGAGGCGGCCGACUACAUCAGCACUGUCAGCAAGUCGUGGUCGCAGGUGAUUCGCCAGACGGAGGCGUUGGGUCGAGUCAUGAGGAGACACGCUGACGAUCUGAACUCGGGGCCUCUGCACCGGUUGGCCACUCUGAUCCGAGACAAGCAGCAGGUGAAGAAGAGCUACCAGAGUCUUCAUCAGCAGCUGGAGAGCCACAACCUCAAGGUUACCAGGAGUGACCUGGAGAAGCUGAAAACGACGUAUCGGCAACUGAGCCGCGAUGCAAACAGUGCCAAGGAGAAAUACAAAGAGGCUCUUGCCAAAGGAAGGGAGGCUGAGCGCGCACGUGAGCGUUACGACAAAGCAACGGCCAAGCUCCACAACCUCCAUAACCAGUAUGUGUUGGCGGUAUGUGGCGCCCGGACGCAGCAGGACGAACAUCGACGCUGCGCCGCCCCCACGCUGCUGGACGCCCUCCAGAGGAUGCAGGAGGACAUGACACUGGCCCUUAAAAGUAUCCUGGAGGAGUACUGUGAGAUCAGCAGUCUUCUCACCGAGGACAUUGUAAAGGUUCACCAGGAAAUCUCUUCAGCUGUUCAUCAGAUCGAUCCUCUGGCCGAGUAUCAACAUUUCAUCGAGGCCUACAGAUCUCCGGAGAUGCCAGAGGCGAGUGUGGAGUUCGAUCCAUCUCUUGUGGAAGAGACCGACAACCUUCCCACUAACGAGAUCCUCUGGAACACACUGACGGCCGACAGCCUGCAGGCCAUAAACGUCUUCGUGUCCAUCAGGUGGACGUCCACCACAGAUGAGCUGACGCUCACUCAACAGAAUCUGAGGACGAAGGAAACGUUGGCCGAUGAACUGGACGCCAAAAUCCAGACAAGUCAAGAGAACGCUGAGAAGAAGAGCGACUGUGUCCUGCUCCUCAGUCAGAAGCUGUCCCUCCUGGAGCUUCGUCAAACCGUCCAAUCGUUACGUGGCUCUGAGGCGCGUCUCUUUUCCCAGAAGGCCUUGCUGGACUCCAAGAUGGCGGCGGCUGCUACAGCCCCACCCCCUGCCCCGCCCCCCCUUGCACCACCAUAUGAGGACGACGCCCACUCAGUCAGCUCUACUGACAAGAUGAAGGAGAAGAGUUCUCGCUUCGACACUCUGCGUCACUCUCUGGCCGGGAUUAUCCGGUCUAAAGCCACGCUGGGCUCCUCCACCUCGCAGUUCUUUGAUGUGAUCCCUACGUCAGAGCGCCCCCUAGCUGACCAGGAGUGGUACCACGGCGCCAUCCCACGCACCGAGGCUCAGGAGUUACUACGGCAACAGGGAGACUUCCUGGUCCGGGAGAGUCACGGUAAACCAGGAGAGUACGUCCUGUCGGUGUUUUCAGACGAGCAGCGACGCCAUUUCAUCAUCCAGUACGCCGACGGCCAGUAUCGGUUCGAGGGGACGGGCUUCUCCACCAUCCCUCAGCUCAUUGAACAUCACUUCAACACCAAACAGGUCAUCACCAAGAAGUCUGGAGUCGUGCUGCUCAACGCCGUCGUCAAGGAUAAGAAGUGGAUUUUGAAUCAUGAGGACGUGACUCUGGGCGAACUACUGGGGAAGGGUAACUUUGGCGAGGUGUUCAAGGGGACGCUGCAGCGUGACAAAACGCCGGUCGCAGUAAAAACCUGUAAAGAAGAUUUACCUCCAGAGCUGAAGAUCCGCUUCCUUUCUGAAGCCAGGAUCUUGAAGCAGUACGACCACCCGAACAUCGUGAAGCUGAUCGGCGUUUGUACGCAACGACAGCCGAUCUACAUCGUCAUGGAGCUGGUUCCUGGUGGAGACUUCCUGUCCUUCCUGAGGAAGAAGAAGGACGAGUUGAAGACGAAGCAGCUGCUUCGCUUUGCAGUUGAUGCAGCAGCUGGUAUGGCGUACCUGGAGGACAAGAACUGUAUCCACAGGGACCUGGCGGCCAGGAACUGUCUGGUGGGGGACGGCAGUGUGUUGAAGAUUAGUGACUUUGGGAUGAGUCGCCAGGAGGACGAUGGAGUUUAUUCCUCAUCAGGACUCAAACAGAUUCCCAUCAAAUGGACGGCACCCGAGGCCCUGAACUACGGUCGUUACAGCUCUGAGAGUGAUGUGUGGAGUUACGGGAUCCUGUUGUGGGAAACCUUCAGCCUGGGGGUGUGUCCUUACCCUGGGAUGACCAAUCAGCAGGCCCGAGAGCAGGUGGAGAAAGGUUACAGGAUGGCAUGUCCUCAGCGUUGCCCUGACGAUGUGUACAAAGUGAUGCAGCGCUGCUGGCAGUACAGCCCCGAGGACCGACCCAAGUUCUCCGAGCUCCAGAGAGACCUGGCCGCCAUCAAGAGGAAGUGAUGACGUAACGAAUCUGGUCUCUAGAGUCCAGGUGUGAACACUAAAUCUGGAUUUUAUAGUCCAGGUGUGAACACUAAUCUGGAUUUUAUAGUCCAGGUGUGAACACUAAUCUGGUCUCUAGAUUGACAAUGAAUCAAAAUGACUUGAAGCCUGAAAACUUUAUAGAAUAAAAACAAAGCAAUGUUAAGCCACGCCCCCACCAAGCCACCUGUACUGUAACCAUGGCAACAGAAUCAUUUUAUUUUAAUUUAUUGUGUUUUUAUUCAUUUUAUUUGCUUUAUUUAAUAUUUUUGACCAACUGACAUAAAUCUGAAGGAAAACCAGCUGAAAAUCAGUCCUGGUUUCCAUGGUAACCACUGGCCUUUAAUUAACCGUGAGUCCUGAUUGGUCAGCAUCACUUCCUGGGCUGCUGGAGGGGGAAGCCUAGUGACUGUUGUUAAUUCAGUUUCUGACACUAAGCGUCUGUUUGUCUUUUGUAUUUGUUGAAACUCUUUAUAAAAUAUUCUUGUAUCAUUUAUUAUGAAAAUAAAUCACAUAAACUCUGA